AUGGAUAUGUUGACGGUAACGAUGCCGGAUUUGGGCGAAAUCGGUAGAACACUUAUGCUCGUCGUCGGUGCUUUCGUACUGCGAGGCUGUUUGCAUCGGGAUCUCCUUCGACUGCAUGACAAAUAUGGCCCAGUGGUCCGAACUGCUCCUGAUGAAUUGUCGUACAUCGACGCCCAGGCAUGGAAAGACAUCUAUACCUCAAGACCAGGUCACGCUGCCAUCGAACGAGGCGGAAUAUGGUUUCGGAAGUCGCGACCAGACGAGCCUUACAGCAUCAUGGGACACAACGAGGACCAUCAUGCUCGAUAUCGAAGAGCCUUCAUGGGCGCUUUCAGUGAGAAAGCAAUCAAGGAUCAUUCAACACUGAUUGAAAGUUAUGUCGACCUGAUGAUGCAGAGGCUUCGAACCAUGACUACCCAGAAUGGCGGUACAACAAUCGAUAUCGUGUCAUGGCUGAACUUCGUAACGUUUGAUAUCUCGGGUGACUUGUCGUUCGGUGAAUCCUUCGGAAGCACAUCGACAGGAAGUCCACACCCUUGGGUUGACAUAGCUUGUCGCUUUGGGAAGGGUGUAGCUCUGGUGGCCUCGAUCAACCAUUACGCACCACUGCAGAAAUUGCUGAAAUAUGCCUUACCAGCCAAAUUACGCCAGAAGAUGAUCUAUCACCGAGAAUUGAGCGCACAAAAGGUCCGUCAAAGGCUGCAACUCCAAGAGCAAAGACCCGACUUUGUCAAUGCCGUGCUCAGAUACAAUCAGGAGAAGGCGGAGAAGGUGACCCCGGAAGAGCUGGAGCUGAACAUGAGUGUCUUUGUCUUUGCUGGCAGUGAAACAGUGAGCUCGGCGGUUGCAGCAAUAUUAUUCGGACUGUUGGAAGCGCCCGAGGCAAUGUCACGAGUUAGCCAGGAGAUCAGAUCUGCCUUUGUUUGCGAGCAAGAGAUCGACGUGGCCACCGCAUCCAAGCUCGAGUAUCUAACCGCUGUGAUCAACGAAGGCAUGCGGCUUGGUCCACCUAGCGUCAUAGGGGUUCCUCGCACUGUGCCAGCUGGUGGGGAAGAGAUAUGUGGGAAAAUGGUGCCUGGCGGAACAUUUGUCGCGGUCAAUCAAUAUCCAGCAUUCCGAUCUGCAACCAACUUUCUUGAACCUGACAGGUUCAUUCCAGAGCGCUUUCUCAGGGAGCAGAGUGCCGGAAACAACCUAGCCGUCUUUCAGCCUUUCCUUGUAGGACGACAUAUGUGCAUUGGACAGAAAUUGGCCUGGGCGGAGAUGCGGCUCAUACUGGCCCGACUGCUCUAUGUCUUUGACAUCAGCUGGAACACGACACCACCCAUGCAUGAUUGGGGGGAACAGGAGACAUUUAUUUUCUGGCAGAAGAAACCUCUUGAGCUUCGUUUGGUGCUCAGAUGA